AUGGUGCCUCCAAGUGUCUGUGUCACCCUGCAGUCAACGUUCUGCCUCUUCGUGGACGUCACCCUUGGAGAGGAGAAACACAGAGUAGGGUUGAAUGUCAGCAACUCGGGCGAUGGCAAGCUCACAGCUGGCAUAAUUGCCCUAGUGACUGUAAUGGGGAACUCUUUCCCUUCAAUAACUUUUGAGACAAUUGGGAAUGGGUCCCAUGGAGACCGAAGACUUCAACAAGUGAUUGAGGACACACUGGAUAAGCUGAUGAGUCUGCUGCGGCGUGCCUCGGUCAUGGCGGUGACCUCUCUGUCCAGCUGCUGCCUGAGUGGCCGGAUUGGACUCGGGGGCUUCCUCCGCCGCAGCGUGCCCGAGGUGGUCGCUCCUGUUCGACAUAGGGGAGAUCAUCAUGGGAAGAGACUGCUUAUCGUCAAGCCUUCUGGAUUCUAUGAUAAGUGGUUUUUGCAUUUAAUGAGAUUCUACAUUUUGUUGACUGGGAUUCCAGUGGCAAUUGGCAUAACUCUGGUGAAUGUAUUCAUUGGUGAAGCUGAAUUAGCAGAAAUUCCAGAAGGCUAUGUACCAGAACAUUGGGGAUAUUACAAGCAUCCUUGGGCUGGAGUGAUAAAUUAUAAAAAAACAAUGCCUGUUCUUCAAAUUGAAGCUGAAAAGGCUGAAUUACGGUUAAAGGAGCUGGAAGUACGAAAAUUAAUGCGUGAGAGAGGUGAUGGUCCCUGGUAUCAGUAUCCAACCAUUGAUAAGGCACUUAUCGAUCAUUCUCCAAAAGCAUCUCCUGACAACUAA